AUGCAAGGUAUGCACGACCCUUUGCCAUCCUCGACAUUUCGUCCUAAACUUGGUGUCAGGCAUGGAAGCCGCGUGUUGAGACCCUCCAUCUGUGAGAAUGCCGUCUGCCCUGCGUGGGCCGCCGUCGCCCCAUGGAUCAAAGGUUUUAACCGCCUCCCGCCGCUGCAACGCCCGCAGCACGUCAUGCAGGAGCUCUCAAGCCGCCCCACCCUCGACAGCGUGAUUGGCCUGUGCGAGUCGUGCAGCACCGUGCGCCUGCAGCAGGAGGCCAACAGGCUGCAGGGCGCCCAAGAUGAGAAGUGGGAGCGGCACCAGACGAAAUUGGAAGCUUUGGAGAAAAGAUCAGCCGAACAAGAAGCGGCCUUCGUGACAUUCCGCGCUUCCGUCGGCAAAGAGAGUGUCGUGUCGCUGCAAGGAGGGCUGGCCCGCCUGCGCGAGGAAUUGGAGGACGUGGCUCGGUUGCUGAACAGGAAGAUUCAGGCGCUGGGGCAUCGAUUCAAUGCCGCGUCCAUAGUGGAGAUCAAGACAGAGCUGGAACAGAAGCUGCAGUCGAAGGCAGAGAGCAACACAGUGAUGAACGCAGUGGAGCGGCUCGAUGGGUUGUACAAUGACGUGAAGGACGAGCUUGCCCGCAAAGUGGACUUGCGGACCUUCUUUGCCUUCGCCAAUGCUCACAUCGACGGAUUGGCGCCGGCAUUGACGGCCGCAAUGGCGCAAGAGACGUCAGAUGAGUAG